AUGAGCGAUUUCUCCUGGUUUGUCGCGUGGAACGGCACCUCCCCUGUGGACAGCAUCCCCAGCGAGGUGUCGGUGAAGCGCCUGCUGCACUCCAUAGGCGCACCUUCCUCGCAGCACGCGAUGCUGAGAUCCUCGGAUAAGUCGCUGCUCAUGGCGGUGACUCUCCCAGAGGUGCGUUUGUGGGGAGUGGGGGGAGUGUGGGGGGAAGCGGAGGGGCAGGGGGGUUGGCUGGGGGAGGCGGAGGGGGGGGGGGGGGAGGGGGAGACGGGGGGGGGAGGGGGAGUGGUGUUGGAGCUUCCGGGGAGGAUGCCGAUAAUAGGAGGGAUAGGAAAGGGGCCAGGAGCAGGAGGAGCAGCAGGAGGAGGAGGGGGGGGAGGAGCAGGAGCUGCAGGAGCAGGAGCAGGAGCAGGAGCAGGAGGAGCAGCAGGAGCAGCAGCAGCAGCAGCAGGGAGGGCGGGUAUGGGAGGGGCAGGAGGCAGGGGCGCGAAGCACCAAGCCCUCCUGCGCCGAUCCUUCGCCAAGCGUCUCGAAUCCGUGCCUGACGGCACAGACUUGGAAGAGCUGGAACCAGCCAAGGCGAUUCCGUACGAGGAGGUGGAGCGGGCCACGCAGGGGUGGGCGGAGGAGGCCAAGCUGGGCGAGGGCGGGUCGGCUGUGGUUUACCGGGGGUGUGGGGCGGACGGGCAGCUGUGGGCCGUGAAAAGAGGGAAGAAGGGCGGGAUUUCUCGCCGGAAGGACUAUGAGAAAGAGGUGAGACAGAUGUGGUUUCAGCCGACUCGGAACGAUACGUUCUCCCCCCCCUCCGCUGCCCCUCCAUUCCCUGUUCCACUUCCCUCACUCUCUGUGCUAUCUCCCCCCCGUCCUCUCCUCCCCUCCUCCCCCCAUCUCUCCCCCAUUCCCCCAAAUAUCCACGCAGUGUCGCAGCUGAGGCAUGCCAAUCUGGUGCGGCUGCUGGGGUUCUGCGAGGAGAGGGAGGGAGGAGCUGCUCUGCUGCCACCCGCACGCCUCCACUCCACCUCCCCUCCUCCCCUGUGUCCCCUUGCUUUUGCGCUCUGCCCUUUCAACCUCCCACUCUUCCCCCCACAAAAGAUCCAUGCAGUCUCCCAGUUGCGCCACGCCUCCCCGGUGCGGCUGCUGCUGGGGUUCUGGGAGGAGUCUAGUUUUGCGGCCAUGCAAAGACUGGAGGGAGGAGCCUCUUCAAGACUCCUAACCAUGCAAAGUCCCGAUUGGGCAGCCAGCCACCUUCACCCCCACGCCUCCACCCCUCAUGACCUCCCACUGUCCUCCCCCUCCCCUCCCCCUCCUCUCCCCGUCACCCUCUCCCCGUCACCCUCUCCCCGUCACCCUCUCCCCGUCACCCUCUCCCCGUCACCCUCUCCCCGUCACCCUCUCCCCGUCACCCUCUCCCCGUCACCCUCUCCCCGUCACCCUCUCCCCGUCACCCUCUCCCCGUCACCCUCUCCCCGUCACCCUCUCCCCGUCACCCUCUCCCCGUCACCCCCUCCCCGUCACCCUCUCCCCGUCACCCUCUCCCCGUCACCCUCUCCCCGUCACCCUCUCCCCGUCACCCUCUCCCGUCACCCCCUCCCCGUCACCCUCUCCCCGUCACCCUCUCCCCGUCACCCUCUCCCCGUCACCCUCUCCCCGUCACCCCCUCCCCUCCCCUCCUCUUUCCCACCUCAGAUCCACGCGGUCUCCCAGCUACGCCACCCCAACCUGGUGCGGCUGCUGGGGUACUGCGAGGAAAGAGAGGAGCUUCUGCUCGUAUACGAGUUUGUGCCCAACGGCAACCUGCGCCAGCACAUCAACCCCAUCAGGGGGGAGGCGGCCAUAGAAGGGAAGCCGGGAGGCAUGUUGUCGUUUGACAAGCGCCUGGAGGUGGCCCUGGGAGUGGCGGAGGCGCUGCAGUACAUGCAUGGAUGCCACCCGGCGAUCAUUCACCGCGACGUGAAGACGCUCAACGUGUUCCUUGACAACGACUUACAUCCCAAGCUAGGCGACUUUGGCAACGUGAAGGAGAUCAAUGACGAGUCUACGUCUCCACGCACACCCGAGUGGUCGGCACUCCAGGCUAUCUGGAUAAUUGUUGGGUCGUCAAAAGACACGCUUGUUUUCCUCUCCCCCUCCCUCCCUUCUCCCCUUCCCCAGCCGAAGCUGGGCAACUUUGACAACGUGAAGGAGAUCAGCAACGAGUCCACGUUUCCCUCGUCUUCCCCGCUAUAUGGGAUUUCCCUUGUCUUCCCCGCUCACACCACUGCUUCCUUCACUCCCUUGCCCCCUGUACCUGCUUCCCUCGCCUCUCAACUCUCCCAGCCGAAGCUGGGCGACUUUGGCAACGUGAAAGAGAUCAACGACGAGUCCACGUCUCCCACGCACACCCGAGUGGUCGGCACACCGGGCUACCUCGAUCCACAAUAUUGCCAGACCAGCAUUGUGUCUGAUCGUUCUGACGUCUACAGCUUUGGAGUGGUGCUUCUGGAGCUCAUAACAGGCAAGGCGCCUGUUCUCAAGGAGUCAGACGACGCCGGGGAGAGAAUGGCGCUCGCCAAAUGGGCCACCCCCGCCAUCUGCAGUGGCCACACGGACUCAGUGGCAGACCCCGUGCUGCUGGAGUCGAGCACCCCACAGGCGCUGCAGGCGGUGGGCAGCCUGGCCGCCAUGUGUGUGCAGCGCCUGCCCAAGGACCGCCCAGCCAUGGGGGAGGUGGUGCGGCGACUAAAAUCCAUCAGACAGCAGGCCCUAGCAGCAGCAGCCACAGCUUCGGGCAGCCUCCGAGGCUUCCCCACGUUCGGCCGAGCCGGUGGAUCUAUAACCUCUCCCGACGCUGCUGCUGCUGCUGCUGCUGCUGCUGCGGAUGGUGGUGGUGGUGCUUCAACCCCCAGACCCUCCUCUGCUGCUGCUGCUUUCCCCAUGCUCUCGCCGCGAAUCCCGGGCGGGAUAAACGUUUUCCAGAAAGAUUUCUGGCGCCCGAAGUUCCCGCCGGUCCGCUCGAAAUCGGACAUGAAUCUCGCGAACCUGCCGUCAGAAUCAGGCUCGGAAGGAAGCCAACAGGAAGGUUCCCGGGGGAGGGAGGGAGGGGGUGCAGAAGCAGAGGUGCCCUUGUCUGCUGUACCAGCAUCAAUGAGUGGGUUGGGUCACUGGGAGGAUGACGAGUUGGAGGAUGGGGAGGAGGAGCAGGGGGAGCAUCGGCAAGGGUACGCCCGCGCACAUGGGGAGAGCAGCCGUGACAGGCCCGGGGAUGGGCAUGGGCGCGGGGGAGGGCAUGGGAGGGAGCGUGGGGGUGGGCAUGGGAGGGAGCGGGGGAGGGAGCGGGGGCAUGCAAGGGAGCCGUCACAGGAAGAAGCUCAAGCUCCCACGAAGCAGCCGGGAAAAAUCCCCAAGUCGAGAUCGCUGGACCUCGCGUCGCUCAUGCUCGGCCUCCCGAUUCCGCACUCCAAGACAAAGGAGGAGGUGGGCGGAGAGGGAAGAGGAGGGGGGAAGUCCCCGCGGGGGGGAGGGGCCAAGUCGCCUCGAGGGGGGGGAGGGUCCAAGUCCCCCCGAGGAGGAGGGGCAAAGUCUCCAAGAGGAGGAGGCGGUGCGAAGUCGCCUCUCAUGGCGCCGUCGUCGCCUCUGCCUGAAACUGCCAAGAAGUUUCUGUCUGCUACGCUGGGGAAGAAGAAUAAGAUGAAGGAGAUUCAAGCGCUGGUAGCAUUGCAGCACACCAACCUGGCAGAAAUUCUCGGCUAUGCCCUGGAGAAGGAUGAUGUGCAGAUUGCAUACGACCUCCCCCCCAACUCCGCUUCCCUGGAGAACUACCUCUUUCCAGAGCCAAAUGGCUCACGCCACCUUCCCUCGAUCCCCAUCAAUCCUUCCUCCCGCCGCCACGCCUCCAUCUGCCCGCCGACGCGCCGACCUCGGCGCCGACACGGACGACCAGCGCGGCGACGCGGACGACCUGCGACCACCGCGGACGGCCAGCGCGCGACCCCCGACGACCAGCGCGCUGCCGCGGACGGCCGGCGCGGCCCCGCCGACGACCCGCGCGCUGACGCGGACGGCCAGCGCGGCCCCGUCGACGAGCCGCGUGCUGACGCGGACAGCCAGCGCGCGGCCACGAACGAACCGCGCGCCACCGCGGACGGCCAGCGCGCGGCCGUCAACGCCCCUGCGCCGACGCGGACGGCUGGCGCGCAGCCGCGGCUGAUCUGCCCGCCGUCGCGUUCGCCUGCCCGCGAUCUCCACGACCUCGAAACCCUAAUUCCUCCCCGCACUUCCGCACCAGCCUCUCUUCCCCUCUACCUCCUCCCCCUACUCCACCCCUAA